AGGCGGACGCGGCUACGAGCCAAGGCGAGCGGCUUCGAGAAGAGUCCAGGCGAGCGGGCGACCGCGCAGCGGGACUAGAAGGGAGCAAGGUGCGGCCGCAGGCUUCCGGUACCCAGCUUCCGGCUCCGGGUCCGGGCCUGGGGCAGAGGCGGAGCCACCGCCCGCCGCGACUUUCAGACUCGCACUAUGGCUACGCGCUGGUGGUGCGGGUGGUGCUGGCGGCGGGGCUGCUCCUGGAGGCCGGCGGCCGGGAGCCCGCGGCCGGAACGCCCUGGCUGUGCGGGGCCGCUCGGGACGCGCGCCGCCUCGGACACCCGCGCGCAGAUGCCCUAUUUUAGCCUAGUGAAGACUUUAACACCUGCCUUCCCAAAUGUGCAUAGUAUAUCACAGUUUCAUCAAAGGACACCAGCAGUGUGCUGUUGUAGUCAAAUACAGAGUGGUGAGAAAUAUGCUGAUCCUUUUAAACUGGGCUGGAGAGACUUGAAAGGUCUGUAUGAAGACAUUAGAAAGGAGCUGUGCAUCUCCACCAAAGAAUUGAAGGACAUGUCUGAAUACUACUUCGAUGGCAAAGGAAAAGCCUUUAGACCAAUUAUUGUGGUGCUAAUGGCCCGAGCAUGUAAUAUUCAUUACAAUAACUCCCGAGAUAUGCAAGCCAGCCAACGCUCCAUAGCCUUAAUUGCAGAAAUGAUCCACACUGCUAGUCUGGUUCAUGAUGACGUUAUUGACGAUGCAAGUUCUCGAAGAGGAAAACAUACAGUUAAUAAAGUCUGGGGUGAAAAAAAGGCUGUUCUUGCUGGAGAUUUAAUUCUUUCUACAGCAUCCUUAGCUCUGGCACGGAUUGGAAACACAGCUAUUAUAUCUCUUUUCAGCCAAGUUAUUGAAGAUUUGGUGCGGGGUGAAUUUCUUCAGUUAGGGUCAAAGGAAAAUGAGAAUGAAAGGUUUGCCCACUACCUGGAAAAGACCUUCAAGAAGACGGCCAGUCUGAUAGCCAACAGUUGUAAAGCAGUCUCUGUCCUGAGUUGCCCUGACCCAGUGGUGCAUGAGAUUGCCUAUCAGUAUGGGAAAAACGUUGGAAUAGCUUUUCAGCUCAUAGAUGAUGUAUUGGACUUCACCUCAUGUUCUCACCAGAUGGGCAAGCCAACAUCUGCAGACCUGAAGCUAGGCUUAGCCACCGGCCCUGUCUUGUUUGCUUGCCAGCAGGAGUUUAAUGGAACUGUGUGCACCCUGAGAGAAGCCUGGGAGCCUUAGCCAUUGCUCCAGAAUGUGAAGAAGAAGUCUAUUAAAUGCACCAGAACCACAUAGUUCCUUCCUUUUCCAGACUGGGAGACUGUCAAGGAAGUAAGUGAAGCUGCUUUCCUUGUCAUCCUUAAUAUAGAAGAGAUGCUUAGGAAGCCUCAAAGAUACUGCAGUGACUGUCAGAGCAGCCAUUUUCAUAGCUUCUUUUGGACUCUAGCCAUAUGCUUUUGGCUAUGCCAAAUGCUACUUGGAAUAAAUGAGCCAUUAGCUGUGAGUGGGUAUCUUUAAAACAAAUAUCCAUCUGAGUGGCAUUUAAUUGGUUAUUUAUCAGUGUAAUAAGAUGAUCAUCACCAACUACCUUUUGGGCCUAAAAUUUUUAAAACUCUUAUCAGUGUUCUCAUAAAUUUUACUUAUAUUCUUUCUUUAACAUGUAAGUCAACUUCUCUAGCAUUAAGUAGCUCCAUUUUGAUAUUAAAACCAAUGACCUUCCUUUUGAUUCAUUUCUGAUUCAAGAAAGGGAAGAGAUGAUCUUUCACCCUCUUAUCUAGCAGCCACUCCGGGUGAUGGUGAUUCAUCCUAGGGAGGCCGAUGUCUGGAUGACUGGACUGGAUCCCAUGGACAGUCUCAGUCAUCCUAGGGAGGCUGAUGUCUGGAUGACUGGACUGGAUCCCAUGGACAGUCUCAGUCAACUGAAGAAUAAAGACUAUGGAACCGAGACGAUGGGGCACUCAGAAACUUCUAUCCUCAUUACCACACUCCAUCUUCUCAGAAUUGUGAGGUCAAGUGCAGUGAAAAGUGUGCAGUUCUGAUACGGCAGCACAGACCUGUAAACCCAACAUCCAGAGGCUGAUGCAGGAGGAUCAUAAGUUGGAGGGCAGUCUGAGUUACAUAUAUUUAACAUUUAAGCAUUUAACAAAAAAAACCCCAAAAAAAAAACUCUCAGAAAUAAAAAAAGAAAAAGAAAAAAGACAACAAAAUAUAAGCAUGCUAUGAAUGGUCGGUCCCUUCUCCCAUGAAACUGAGACUUAUUAACUCACUACCCAGUAUUUAGGAAGAUUACUAAUAUAUAUGCCAAAUUUAAAAAUAUUUUAAGAAAACCUUUUGUACAUUAAAGCUUUAGUAAGGAACAUUUUCUGUUAUGCCAUAACUCCAUACAUAGUACUCCUGAGCCAUGUAUAUAAAUGUGUAUAAAUGAAAGUAUAUCUGAUAAUAGAAAAAUUAGUCAUUGGCCAGCAUUUGUUGUGCAAUUACAGACCUUCAUCUCAGUCACAGGUUAGUAUGCAUAAGUAGAGGACAGCUCAAAUAAAGCUCAAGUCAAGUCCCAUUCUCAAAGCCAACUAGCUCAGUGAAGAUUCAGCUAGGCCCAGAGCCUUUCCCUGAUUUAGUCUAUAAAGACUAAAUUUGGUUUGUUCUGCUUUUAGAAAUCUCAGCAAUUAUAAAUACUUGUCAUGAGCGCCAUGAGACAAGUGGAAUAGACUGGUGUCUUUUGAUUGUUUCAUUACAUUAUUCCUAAAGAGCCACAGUUUACUUUCCUCUACAGAACGGAUUAAUAGCUGGUUAUGCAUUCAGAUACAAUGGUACAAAGUGGGAACAGAAACAGAAUGCACAGCUCUUAUGAUUGAUCUGUCUAUAAUUCACAGCAGAUGGGAAAUUGCCGAGGUUUUAUAUUUGCUUGUCUGGUUGGUUGGUUGGUUGGUUGGUUAAUUGUUCUUGAAGUAAGAACAAGGAAAAGGAACAGAAGGUUACCCAAACUAUGGUUUUAUGUGUGCUUACUGGGAAAUCCCAGAAUCACACGUCACCCAGUUAUUCUGACCAGACAGCACUUUCCCCAGUUUGCCUGUGAGGCAAUGGGAACAAGUUACAAGGCAUAGUGCAACCCCCAAAAGGAAACAUGAUGAGGCUGAGCAGGAACUUACUCUGGACAGGACUCAUUUCGCAUUCUGGCACAUAGACCAAAAGUUAAUCAAAUAUAUAUUUAUACUUAGUCAAGCAUGUAUUUACAAAUUGUUCUCAAAACCCUGAAUUUAGGACCUUUUAUGGAUUAGACUGUUAAAAAGAGGUUCUUAGCAAGAAAUCUGUCAAAAGUUCAUGGGGCUUAAAAUAACUUUGGGUAAAUCAAGUUCAGAAAAUAAUGCAGGAUUAUACAGUAUCUUGCUUUAAUAAAACUGUGUUGAUUUUAGUUUAUAAAGGAUUCUUUCUUACACUGCCCUGCUCUCACAGUUCUGCUUUGUGGUAGAUAACUGUUUGUUAUAUAAUGAAAAUGAUGCUCAUGUCUGGCAAAACGGAACAUCUGGUAGAUGGCACAGAAGGCCAUCUUUUCCAAGUCUUCUAAGUCUGGCAUUCAUUUUACUAUACUUGAAUUGCUCCUGCAACUAACAGUGUGGAUAAUAGUACCCACAGACCAGGUAACUGGUAUGUCCUAGCACUGAAGAUACACUGCACACUGUAUCCACUAUUAUUAGUGAUUAACAUAACACAUUUACUAGAGUACAUGUAAGGUGUUUGUAAACCUUUCCCAUGGUCUGGUGUCUUGUCCACAGAUUUGUCUUUGAACUAAUCUAUCUGUGUAACACUGAAGGUCUUCCUCUGAGAUCCUAGGUCUUCCCCAAACUGGUGGCAGUCUUCUUGCUUCAGCCUCCCAAGUCCUAAGAUAAUAGCCAUGUCCACCAAACCUGGCUUGCUUUUUCCUUUUUAAUGCUGCAUGAUAAGUAAUCUUAACAUUAGAAUUUGCUAGGCUAAAAACUAUUUAACUGAUUCUCCUAUUUUUGAUACCUUGGGAAGGAUUUCCUCAUGGCCAUUGUUCAGGCAUUGUUCCUGAUGGCCAAGGUGUUUUCAGGAGGCUAUGGCUCAUUGGUAGAGACUUGGCUAGCAUGUAUAUGGCCCUGGGUUUGAUUCUUAGUGUGCAUGUAUGCAACACACACA